UAUCUCUCCCCCUCGCUCUUUUUACACUCGCCACACGCUGCUCUUCGCCGCCUCUCUGCAUCUGUCCUCUUCUCCUCUCAAGUGACGCUACCAUGCAUCUUAGUUUCUCUUCCUCUCUGCAUGUCUCCGACUAUUCCAGGGUGCCUUCAUUGUCAAGCAGAGCCUUCUCGCUUCCACGCCAGGGACGGUAAACACCUGCUGUUGCAGGACUUUGGGGACAGGACGAAACCGGUUGUUGGGUCCGUGGAGACCUCUGCUGGGGACCUCUGCUAAGACCUACAUCUCAAGAGGCACACACAUCAAUUAGGAAUCUCAGCCUGGCACAAUUUGCAGACAUCGAUGACGACCCAUUGCAUCUGGAGUCAGACCUUCUCUAAACACCGUGAUCAGGACUGCAUGGCUGUUACAUCAACCUCAGCUCUUCCUCCAAAAGACUCUCAUGCUUCCUCAUACUUGCCUGUGACUUCCAUAUGAGUUUCUGCAGCUUCGAGCAGAACUGGCCCCGACUUUCGACUUCCUGUCAUCGUAAAAACGAGCAGCUUUCUCGGCCUUGGAGCAGCUCUCGUGGUAGUGGCGUUUGUUUCUGCCCACAACCAUGCAGGUGUCCUUCGCGUGCACAGACCAUGGGCUGAAGGCCCCGCGUAACGGGGAGCACAGCAAGCAGAACACCACCAGCCCAAACACUACCAGCCAGGCCCGGGCUCGCUUUCGCACCGUGGCCCUGAUAGCUCGAAGUCUGGGCUCCUUCACCCAUCGCUACCACCACAACCUCAAAGAAUCCACCGCCAAGCUCACGGGCAUGAAGUAUAGGAAUCUUGGGAAAUCUGGGUUGCGUGUCUCCUGUCUGGGCCUUGGCACAUGGGUGACAUUCGGAGGUCAGAUCUCUGAUGAGGUGGCCGAGCAGCUGAUGACUAUUGCAUAUGAGAGUGGGGUCAACCUGUUCGACACGGCCGAGGUCUACUCUGGCGGGAAAGCAGAGAUAAUCCUGGGAAACAUCAUCAGGAAAAAGUGCUGGAGGCGAUCCAGUCUGGUGAUCACCACAAAACUCUACUGGGGAGGAAAGGCAGAGACCGAGAGAGGCCUCAACAGAAAACACAUCAUUGAAGGUUUAAAGGGCUCCCUCCAGAGGAUGCAGCUGGAAUAUGUCGAUGUGGUUUUUGCCAACCGGCCAGAUAACAACACCCCCAUGGAAGAGAUUGUGAGGGCCAUGACACAUGUGAUUAACCAGGGGAUGUCAAUGUACUGGGGAACAUCGCGGUGGUCCGCCAUGGAGAUUAUGGAGGCCUACUCUGUGGCCAGGCAGUUCAAUCUCAUUCCUCCAGUCUGCGAGCAGGCUGAGUAUCAUUUUUUCCAGAGGGACAAAGUAGAAACACAGCUGCCAGAGCUCUACCACAAGAUAGGUGUAGGUGUGGUCUCAUGGUCUCCUUUGGCCUGCGGCAUCAUCACUGGGAAAUAUGAGAACGGCGUCCCAGAAACCUCAAGGGCCUCCAUGAAGCCAUACCAGUGGUUAAGGGAGAAAAUAAUGAGUGAGGACGGAAGGAAACAGCAAGCCAAGCUGAAGGAGUUGGCUCAUAUAGCGGAGAAGCUUGGUUGUACAUUACCCCAACUAGCUAUAGCAUGGUGCCUGAGGAAUGAGGGUGUGAGCUCAGUACUAUUGGGAUCCUCUAAUCCAAGCCAGUUAACAGAGAAUCUCGGGGCCAUUCAGGUAAUUCCAAAGAUGACAGCAGGCAUUGCCUCAGAAGUGGAUCACAUACUGGGGAAUCGUCCGCACAACAAAAGAGACUACCACCAUUAGUAUGGACCAACAGUCUUGAAAACUGUGCUCUGAAAGUGUGUCAAUGCUCACACUCACAGCCAUGGCACAGCAACCAGUGCCCACCUUUGCUCAAGUGAUCUUGUGUGUGACUGUAAAAGGUGUUCUGCUUGGCUCCUCCUCAGCCACUUGUCAUUAUCAUAAAGUGAGAUGCUUGGCGAAGAAUGCAUGCUACAACCAUGGCAGCCAGCAGAUGCAACAGUGAGCCAACAAGAUCAUUUCUGGUAUGAGAUUAUCCUUUUUAUUUUGCAGCUGCUAUUCAAAGUGGAGAAUUUUACAAUGACUUGUGUAUAAGGUGAACAAACUCAAGAAACAUCAUUGCCAUGCAGUGAAUAACUUCAAGUUGCAUUUUUUUUGUGUUGGUUUUACAAACUAGAAUUUGCCUCACUAGAUGUUUGUGAAAUGACGGCAACAAAACAUAUACUGUAAUAACUUGUGUAAUUGGGCCUGGUCUCAGCUGACUGAAUGCUACGUUGCAUUUUUUUUUUUGCAGCUAAAGCUCAAGCGUCAACGUGAUAAAUUGCUCCUAUAUGAACUGAGAAGAGAGCAAUGUUAAACACAUUUAUUUUUCAAAACAACUGUGCUACACUGAUUGUAAUGUAAUUCACUUGAUAAGCAGUACCCAGAAAUAGUGUACUCUCCUGAUGCUUAUUUCACCUGUAUUUCUUUCAACUUUGUGGUUAAAACAUUUGUCUUGUCACAGCUGGUGAGGUGAUCAACAAAAAGGGAGCUUGUAAAUCUACAAAGCCAUACAGCUAAUGAAAACGCUCAGAAAAAAUAACACCAUAUGGGCCCUAUUGCACCCUGAUCAUAAUAUGCUCCCACCCCACCUCAUCCAGAUGCCAGUUUGACUAAAUGGGUUUGUUUUUGUUCUCUCUGUUCGUGUGUGUAUUUUUGGCGUGGUUCAUUCAGAUUUGUACAUAGAAAUAAAGCGCAUAUAAAUAACACGUGACAUUUUUUUUCUUCCAAACUAAGACCAGCACAGUAAUCAGCACAGCAAUCACUUUUUCACAAGGAGACAUGUAGCUUUGGAUUUUUUUUCUCUUUUAGUAAUAAAAAACGUUUCAUUUAUUGUCAUUGUCAUGUGUGACAAAAAAAAUAAGCAAAAAAAUAAGAAAUCAGGACGGGGCAAACACUCUUUCACGCCACUGUAUAUCUUACAAAUGGUUUUAAAAAAUAAAUGUCCUACAUUUGUCACAAUUCAAAGUUAACCUUUUUAAAAUUGUCGUGUGGGUUAAAUAAGAUGAAUGGCGUUCAUGGCUUUCACUCACCCAUGUCUCGCAUACGCUUGCAUAGUCCAUAGUGCGUGCUCACAAACAUACUCUCAGAGUAGCGACUGACAAUGUGGAGUCAUUGUGUGGUUAUGAGAUGCUGUACAUUGAAUGAUAGUUAACGUAAGCAGCUAAACUUUGCCAAAUCGCUAUUAUAAACAUAACUAAUGCGCCUGUGUGUUAUGUGGGGCGUGGCUUGCAAUGGCAGAGUAGGAAGAGCUUGAAAGCUCGAAAGCUUGUGCCCCUCAUGCAGUACCUGUCAUUACGCAAUCCGUACCAGAAAUGCAAUUGGUUCUGCGCAUGUGCGAGAACGAUGUUGCUUCCUUCUUUCGCAGAAUCUAGUUGUGCAACUCGCAAACGUCACAACUUCACCUGCACUGUCCACGAUCCAAGUAUUUAUUUCACCGUCACAAUGGCUACAUUUUUGGCUAAAAAGUUACUGAAUCAAUUUAAAGUUACUGAAUCGUUUCGGAUCGUGUUGUUCUAAAUGAACCACUAUUGUCCUUGAAUUGUAUCGGCAACCACGAAUCGUGAUACGAAUCGAAUCGUUGUUAAAACGAAUCGUUACACCCCUAUGAAUCAGGUAUAGGUUAUUAAUAACGCUGACAUACUUAAGAAUAAAUGAUCAAUGAGUACAAAAUCAGGAUGAACA